UAAAGACACUAGUUGUGAAGAAGACACUAGCGGGAGUGGCUAAGAAGACACUAGUUGGCACACUUAAUAUAACGAGCAUGCACCCUGCUCUAUUUAUUUAAAAAUCAGAUGCGAACCAGAUGAGUGAAUUUGGGGCUUCCAAAGCUAUGUCUUCAUCAUUUCCGCGUCUCCAUACCCCCCUAGACGACAAAUAUUCCAAUUUGCCGGAUUCUUUUCAGGUUUCAUCACAAGGGGAGAAGAGUAUAUACUCUAUGCAACUGCAGGCUUCUUCCCCUGGGAACUUAUUUCCAUCAGCUUCUAGGCCCAAUGAGAUUCAUAUUUCUUCAGUUCCCCCUUGUGAACAGCGUUCCCAAAACUCUCCUUUCAUUUGUAAAUCACCAGUUGACGGAAAGUCAUUGUCACUGCACCGUUCUUCCCAUUCUCCCCAUUUAGAAGUGCAACCGACAGCUUUGAUUAAUUACCCUGAAGAAAAUAAAGAUAUUUCUUGGUGCCCAGAUUCACUUCAGGAUUUUCUUCACUUCUCUGAAAGUGUCCCUGACCAGAAUGGCCUGGUGGAUAGUAGUGCCGGUGUCAUAACAUCUGAGGAACAUGCUGGAAAGACCAAUUGGUCUGAUUGGGAUCCAUUAAUUUCAUUUGAUGACGCUCUGGACCCAAAUUGGGAGCUUCCGGUUGAUGUUGAUAGAAUGGAUCCUAAACCGAAGCAGCCCCAGAUUCAACAACAUCCUCCCCAGAUGCAACAAUAUCAGCUCCAGAUUCAACAACAUCAGCCCCAGAUUCAACAGCAUCAGUCGGUGCAAGCUGUAGACUUUCGUCCUAGUCCUGAACCAUUGUCCAGUGCUCCUCCAACGAAAUCCAGAAUGCGUUGGACUCAAGAACUUCAUGAGGCCUUUGUGGAAGCUGUCAACCACCUUGGUGGUAGUGAACGUGGAGCCACUCCUAAGGGUAUUGUAAACCUCAUGAAAGUUGAAGGAUUGACAAUCUAUCAUGUAAAAAGCCAUUUACAGAAAUAUAGAACAGCAAGAUACAAACCGGAGUCAUCAGAAGUACCAUGUGAGAAAGUUUCAACUCCAGUGGAAGAAACAAAUCCUCUAGACGUGAAAGGGAGCAUGGGUAUUACUGAAGCAUUGCGGUUGCAGGUGGAACUCCAGAAGCGGCUUCAUGAACAACUUGAGAACCAAAGAAAGCUGCAGUUGAAAAUUGAACAACAAGGGAAGUACCUUGAGAAGAUGUUUGAGCAACAGAGAAAAAUAGAAGACAACAGGGUCAAGUCCGGAUCAUCCACCGUGGAUGACCACCCUACUCCGCUAUCAGACAUUGCGUGUCCUUCCACUGGAGGGGAUAAACAAGAAACCUCUACACAUCAGCAUGAUAAAACAGUGAUCAGCAUCCCCUUAGAAGAUGGUACACAAGAUGCAAGUCGGGAGGCACAAGAACCUGAAUGUCCCGAGGAUCCAGAUGGCGUCGAGUCUGGUGCUCCGCCCACAAAACGAGCCAGGAAUGGAUAAAAAUAGUAGUAUUCUUAGGAUUUGUCUCGAAGUAAGCUUCGAUAAGGACCAUACGAGUAUAUACUGUAGGGCGAACCAAGCUGACCGGAAUCAAGAAAUGUUUGGAGUUUGAAGGUUCUAGUUUUGGUCGCUGAAACUUUGGUUCAUGGGUGACCAAAAAAAUAAAACUGUAGUCUAUGAGUUUCUUGAUUAGCAUUCUUUGACUAGGGAUGGGUUCUGAAAUGAGAAAUGUCGCCACCUAGAAUGAUGAGUUUACUUUUUAUGCUUAUGAUUCUCAGAUUUAAUAUUGUUCAUAGUUAAUCA